GGCGGGGCGUGCUCCAAGGGAAAGGCCAGUGGGUAGUAUAGGGGUUUGGUAGCGCUCGGGAGGCUUCCCUACAAGGAAAGGAAGACUCAAACUCAACAGGACCAGAAGCUAGGACCCAAGGUGCCACACUCUGGUGGGGUGUGGUCACUUAUGUGCGAGGCCUUAGGACAUGGGAAAGUCGAGUUCUGAUUGGACGGUGCCGUAAUGGGCGGGGGCUGCUAGCCGAAUGUUCUUCCGUUCCUGGCUGCCUAGCAGCAUGAGGCAUCGCACGCUGAGCUCCAGCCCGGACCUCUGGGCCUCUGUCCCGUGUCCACGCUCUGAGCUGUGUCUGGACUUGGUUUUAGCAUCUGGACAGUCCUUCCGGUGGAAGGAACAGAGCCCUGCUCACUGGAGUGGCGUGCUGGCAGACCAAGUGUGGACACUGACUCAGACGGAAGAUCAGCUCUAUUGCACAGUGUACCGAGGAGACGACGGCCAGGUCGGCAGGCCCACCCUAGAGGAGCUGGAAGCUCUACACAAGUACUUUCAGCUGGAUGUCAGUUUGGCUCAGCUAUAUAGCCACUGGGCUUCUGUAGAUUCCCACUUCCAAAGAGUGGCCCAGAAAUUCCAAGGUGUGAGACUGCUGAGACAGGACCCCGCUGAAUGCCUUUUCUCUUUCAUCUGUUCCUCCAACAACAACAUUGCUCGCAUCACUGGCAUGGUGGACCGGCUCUGCCAGGCCUUUGGACCUCGACUCAUUCAGCUUGAUGAUGUCACUUAUCAUGGCUUCCCAAACCUCCAUGCCCUGGCUGGUCCAGAAGUAGAGACUCACCUCAGGAAAUUGGGCCUGGGGUACCGUGCCCGCUAUGUGUGUGCCAGCGCCAAAGCCAUCCUCGAAGAGCAAGGUGGGCCAGCUUGGCUGCAGCAGCUUCGAGUGGCCCCUUAUGAAGAGGCCCACAAGGCCCUCUGCACCCUGCCCGGGGUGGGUGCCAAGGUGGCUGACUGCAUCUGCUUAAUGGCCCUUGAUAAACCCCAGGCUGUGCCCGUGGAUGUCCAUGUGUGGCAGAUCGCCCAUCGUGACUAUGGCUGGCAUCCUAAGACAUCCCAGGCUAAGGGCCCGAGCCUUUUGGCCAACAAAGAACUGGGAAACUUUUUCCGGAAUCUGUGGGGACCUUAUGCUGGCUGGGCCCAAGCAGUGCUGUUCAGUGCUGACCUUCGCCACCAGGAAAGCAAGCCACCAGCAAAGCGCAAAAAGAGAUCUAAGAGGCCAGAGGGCUAGGUAGAGCUCAGGGGACAAAAGAUGUCAUUGGUAUUUUUUCCUUUGUUCUCCAUUUCUUUCCCUUGUUCCCACCCAGUCUCAAGUCAGAAAGACGUAACAUUCAGAGGCCAGAACCCCAAAUCAAAGUCAGUUUUUACAAUAGGGAAAAAGGAAACUCGUUGAGCAAAUGGAACUGUCUUGUUUUAUCUUCCCUUUAUUACAAGAAGGAACAAUAAAAUAGAAACAUUUGUAUGGAAAA